AUGGGAUUUGGUAGUUCAAGAGCUCCCCCGCCAGGCAUCAAUACUGCUCAAUUGAGGGUAGCCAGGGUAGAGCCCGCUGAUGAUCCCAUCUGGGAUACGCAAAACAGUACUUUGGGUUUCCAAAAGAUCUAUGCAAUUUCCAUGGCACAUCGUCCCGAUAAGCGGGAUUAUCUUGCCCUCAUGGGUUUAGUAUCGCAUCUCGAUAUAGAAUUUGUAGAUGGUGUAAAUGCAUCGUUGAUGCACCCGAAAGCAUUUCCAGCUUUCUGGAGAGGUGAAGAAGGCCUCGGAGCGUACGGUUGUUGGCGCGCGCACCUAAACGUCUAUCAAAAGAUGGUGCAAAAUCAAAUUCAAUCAGCUCUCAUCAUCGAAGAUGAUGCAGACUGGGACGUAUUGCUGAAAUCACAGAUGCUUUCCUUCGCCCGUGGGGUUCGGGCCAUUCAAGAUAGCACCUUGCCUCUACACUCCCCUUACGGAGACUCAUGGAAUUUACUCACCCUCGGCCAUCUCGGAGUGAACAACAAACCGCAUAAGUCUGGGAAAUACUACAUUACUCAUAAUGAUCCGACGGUAAUACCGGAAUCACGGCGUAUACUUGGUCGAAAACCGGAUCUGAGCGCGGAAAAGUUAAAGGGAGAGCACACACGAAUCGUCAUGGAGGUCAAUAAGCUGACUGGUACUGGUGCCUACGCAUUAUCCAUCCGUGGAGCGGCUAGACUGUUGUAUGACCAGGCACUGCUACCGAAUGCCCAGGCCAUUGAUGUCGCGAUACAAAGACUAUGCCGUUACGAUGGCAACUGGCCCGAACCUUUUUGCCUGGGAGCAUACCCCAUGAUAUUCGGACUGUAUCGUGGCAUUGGAACUUUGGAUAGGGACUCUGAUCGUAAAGUCGAAGAUGACGAGGAGAAGUCUGGCUAUAGUGGACAAAGAGGCAAGCUUAUGCGAAAGAAAGGUGAGAGUAGGUUUACAGUGUUUCCAGUGAGUUUGAAUAUGAAGGGGUUAUUGCAGCAGGAGACCAAGUUUCAGGCGGUCGACCCUGCUCAGGAUAUGAUGGCAGAGAUGGAUGUGAGCACAUUUGAAUUUCCGGUUGGAGAGGUGGUAACUGUGGAGCCAGAAGAGUUUGGAACACAACCGGUGACUUGA